AUGAAUUCCCCCUUUGAAUUGAUCCCCAAGGUCGUCAAUAAGAAGAAUUACUAUACUGACUUCUUGAAGCGCGAUGAGCAAUUCCUCGCAUUCCGCCUUCAAGGCGAGGAGAACCGCAAUCGCAUGAUCAAAGCCGCGCGCGACAAGGACCGCGCAAUGGCCCAGGCUGCUUCUAAUGGAGUUUCGGCUGAUGCUGCGCAAGCUGAGAUUGACGACGAUGCUGCCGAGGACGAAGCUGCUGAAGCUGAAGCCUUUGGCACAAAGACGAUUGUCAUUCAUCCCGGCAGUCGCAAUCUACGUAUUGGUCUUGCAACAGAUGCCCUUCCUAAGACGAUUCCCAUGGUGAUUGCCCGUAAGGCUUCACAUGCGGAAGACGAGGAGCCUGGUGCCGAGCCGCGACCAAAGCGCGUUAAGCUGCAGGACGGUACAGCAGAGCCUGCUGGUGAGAGUGCAUUCGGCGAAGAUUUUGCAAAGGAAUAUAGUAGCAUGGCAGCCGAUUUCAAGAUCUACCGUCGCAACAACAAACGCAGAGUCUUGCCCAAUUCUCGUGAACUGGUCGUCAACUGGAACUCGCGCAAUGCUCCGGAAACCAUUUCCGAACACAAUGAUCCUCAGCGUGUUGACUGGACAGAAAUUGCGUCAUCUGCUCCUGAAUACUUCACUGGACAUGCAGCUCUGCGGAUACCACAGCAUUCCAAACCACGGUACAGACUCUACUGGCCACUUAAAUGUGGUUGGCUUAACGAACAGGACUAUUCGAGCAAAUCCAGCCUACUCCGCGACUUCUUUGGCAUUAUCGAGGAAGCCAUCAAGAACGAGCUUCACCUGAAUCGUAAGAGAGACUGGGCGCAGUACUCCUGUGUGUUCAUCAUUCCUGAUCUAUACGAGAAAGUGUUUGUGACAUCCAUCCUCGAGGAAAUGUUCCGGGAUUUUGGUUUUCAGCGUGUUUGCUUCAUCCAAGAAAGUCUGGCAGCCACAUUCGGAGCUGGAUACUCGAGCAGUUGUAUCGUUGACGUUGGUGCACAGAAGACUUCUAUCUGCUGUGUUGAGGAAGGCAUGUGCGUCGAGAACUCUCGCAUGAACUUGAAGUUUGGUGGAGAAGAUGUCACUGAAACAUUCAUCAAGAUGAUGCUUUACGACCACUUUAAUUAUGCCAACAUGGAUCUGCUGAGGAGACAUGACUACCUGCUUGCAGAGGAGCUCAAGCAAAAGUUCUGUACGCUCGAGGAUGCGCAUAUCAGCGUACAGCUCUAUGAGUUCCAUCUACGUGCAUUCGGCCAAGACACCCGCAAGUACCAGUUUAAGACGUAUGAUGAAGUCAUGCUGGCACCUAUGGGCUUCUUUAGACCAACAAUCUUUGACCAUUCAGAUAAGCUUGCCGGCAGACGCAAGCUCAUCGGUCGAUCAACUGAUACAUACGAUGAUAAGCCUAAUGACCCCAUGUCACUUGCUCAACUACAGGUCUACAAAUACUCGUCCGACAAUGUUCCUUCAGCUGUAGCAGAAUCAACAAGUACACCAGCACCUGGUGGUGUGCCUGCAACACCCAGCAAACCUUUGAAUCUGGACCGCCUAACGCAUCUUGCUGACGUAGCGGAGAGUACACCUCGCUCAUCUCCUGCAGGAUCGCCUGCUCCUGAUGACACGGCAACUCCAGUACCAGGAGCUGGAGAUGCAACGCCAGCCGUAGCAGGUGCCGGGAUCGAAGGUGCACAGCCGGACACUGAGCAUGUGCUGCCUGUGAUGCCUCUUGAUCAAGCAAUUGUCACUUGCAUCACCGAAGGCGCCAAGGGUGAUGAGAAGAAGACGCGCGACUUCUUUGGUGGUAUCAUGGUGAUUGGAGGCGGUAGCAAGACUUACAACUUCAACGUCUAUCUCGAGCAAAGACUUCGUGCACUACAGCCAAAUUUCCAGAAGGAAAUCUUGGUUGGACCCCCACCUAGAGAGCUCGAUCCUCAGGUUCUGGUGUGGAAGGGUGGCAGUGUGUUUGGCAAGAUGAGAGGCACAAACGACAGCUGGAUUGGACAACUCGAGUUUGACAGACUGGGAGCCAGAAUCUUGAACCAGAAGUGUAUGUGGGCAUAUUAG